UCCGGGCUGGGGCCUUGUGGCCUUAGGCUAGCUUAGGGAGAGCGAGCAUCGGGGGGCCAGAGCAGACCGUGACGUUGCGUGUUGGAGCGGUUGUGUCCCCACCGGGAAACUGAGGCCCAGAGAGAGGAUGGGACAUGCCGAGCCUAGGAGACCCAGAGAUGCGGACUCUUGGGCCUUAGGAGUACAGUCGUAUUUGAUUCUUCCCUGCCAACCCCAUAUCCAGCCUCCAAGUUCUAUCAGUUGCACCCCAGAAAUGCCACUUGUUUUCUUUUGGCCUCUGCCGUUGCUUAUCUCCAGAUUCAGGCCUCGAUCGUCAGCCUCUCCAGCAGUACAAGGCCUGGCCUGGUGUGCCCCCUCCUCUCGUCUGGCUUGCUCUGGCCCUGGGACACUGGGCCCCUUUUUUGCUGUGCCUCUAACGUGCCAGGAACACACCUGCUUGGCUCAUUUCUUUCACUCCUCCAGGUCUGGGCUUACCUCUCACCUUCUCAGCAAGGCCACCCUAUGAGGCUGCCGUAUUGCAGCCCCUCAAGCCCAAGCCCCCGCCCCCCACCACUUUCCUCAACUUUUUUUUUCCCAGUAGCUCUACCGUUUUGCUUAUUUAUUCUGUUUUUUUGUUGCUACCCUAUUAGAGGGUAGGCUCUAGAGGCAGAGGUCUUGGUUCUAUUCACUGCUGGCACCCCAGUGCCAGGGCCAGUGAGGGACACACUUUAGGUGCUUAGUAAAUCAUGGUUGAAUUUGAAUGACUGGUGAGGAGCCCCGUGUUUCCACCUCUCACCCAUCUGGCACCCUGCUCCCACAGCCAAGGAGUAGAGUCCAGAUGCCUUGGCCUGGCAUCUGAGCCCCUGCCCAGUUUUGCCGCUGCUUCCGCUUCUAGUCUCACGUCCCUUCACACCCUGCUUCCCAGGCAGCCUGCCUUGGCCGUGUGCCAGCUAUGUGACCUUGGCCUCUUGGAGCUUCAGUGGCUCAUCUGUUGAAUGAGACCAAUAAUGUCUCUCUGACAUCUAGCAGGUGUUCAGGUGACAAGAGCAUGUUACCCUGUACUUGGAAGGCCCUGCGCCCUGGACCUGGCUAAUGUCAUUUUCCACACUGCAGCCUGAGUGAUCUUGCCAAAGCUCAGAUCUGAUUGCAGCCCUCACCCCUACUGACACCACCUAGGGCUCUCCGGCUUCCCCCAGAUGACUUCCUACCCCGACACAAGCCCCUGCAUGCCCCUGACCCUGCUCCCCAUCUUGCUUCACUCACUGUGAUGCAACUUGUCAUAGAACAUACUGGCUGUGUGCCGUUGCCUUGUCCCUCCUACCCCAGCUGUGGACAGGACACCCACUCCCUCAGUCAGAGGCACAGGGCCAUUAGGGCCCAGCUUGGGGUCACCCUCAGGCCAGGCUGCCCUGACCCAGCAGCCUGCGUUGUUAGUGCUCUGAAUUUACCCACAUCAGAGUCCAAGUGUGCUGGCUCUGGCUCCGGCACUGGGAGGGGAACUCCGGGGGGUAGGCACUGGGACUUUUUCAAGUUCUGCUUGGCAAUGGCUGACAUUCAGUGAGUUGUGAAGAAGUCCAGUGAUGCUCCAGCCUGUGUCACGGGAAUAUUACCUGAGUACUUCGUCGAACCACUAUAGUAUGGUUCACCUAUUUGCAAAAAGUCAAAGGGAGAUGGCAUAAACACAAACACUCUCACCAAAGGGAGGUUUCCGUUUAUACGAUACAAUGUCUCUGUCUACAUAUGUCUUUAAGAGCAGAAAAGGUGAUCGCAAACAGGACUGUAUUUUGAGCUGAAAUGGAACAAGAUGCUCGUGAGCAAAUGAGAGGCCAGACUGCACGGACACAGGUGACAAAGGACAUCCCCAAAGCCAAGAAAUGCACCGUGAUCGGAGGCUCAGGGUUUCUCGGGCAGUACAUAGUGGAGCAGUUGCUGGCAAGAGGCUACAGCGUCAAUGUCUUUGAUAUCCAGCAAGGCUUCGAGAAUCCUCAGGCGCAGUUCUUCCAAGGCGAUCUCUGCAGCCAGCAGGAUCUGUACCCAGCUCUGAAAGGUGUGAGCACAGUUUUUCACUGUGCAUCACCCCCACCAUCCAGUGACAACAAGGAACUCCUUUAUAGAGUGAAUUACAUUGGCACCAAGAAUGUCAUUGAAACUUGCAAAGAGGCUGGGGUUCAGAAGCUCAUUUUAACCAGCAGUGCCAGUGUUGUCUUUGAGGGUGUCGACAUCAAGAACGGAACCGAGGACCUCCCUUACGCCAGGAAACCCAUUGACUACUACACAGAGACCAAGAUCUUACAGGAGAGGGCAGUCCUGGGUGCCAAUGAUCCGGCGAGGAAUUUCUUAACCGUGGCCAUCCGUCCUCAUGGCAUUUUCGGCCCCAGGGACCCUCAGAUGGUCCCCAUCCUUAUCGAGGCCGCCAGGAAGGGCAAGAUGAAGUUUGUGAUUGGAAAUGGGAAGAACUUGGUGGACUUCACCUUCGUGGAGAACGUGGUCCAUGGCCACAUCCUGGCGGCAGAGCACCUCUCCCAAGACUCGGCCGUGUGUGGAAAGGCCUUUCACAUCACCAAUGACGAGCCUAUCCCUUUCUGGACCUUCCUGUCCCGCAUCCUGACGGGCCUCAACUACGAGGCCCCCAAGUAUCACAUCCCCUACUGGCUGGCCUACUACUUGGCCCUGCUGCUGGCCCUGCUGGUGAUGGUGGUCCGGCCAGUGCUCACACUGCAGCCCACCUUCACACCCAUGCGGAUGGCACUGGCCGGCACGUACCACUACUACAGCUGUGAGCGAGCCAAAACAGUCCUGGGCUACCGGCCUCUGGUUCCCAUGGACAGGGCUGUGGAGAGAACCGUGCAGAGCUUUCGCCAUCUGCAGAGGGCCAACUGAGGCCCCUGGCCCGUCACUCUCCCCUGUGGACUGAGGGACCAGCUCGAGUCUCUGUCUUGACACACAGCUCGUUUGAGCUCAGGACUCUUGCUAGGUAGCUCAGAGCACAGUGGCCCCUUCUGUGACUGUGACGGUGGCACAAACAGCAGAUGUUGCUUCCUUCAUGUGAUUGCUUCUGGACUCCUCAAAGUCGCCGCUUCAUGUUCUACUGGUUUCUCUUCCCUUUCUGCCCCUUCCCCUCCCUUUUCCUCUCUCUCCCUCUCCCAGGUUUCUUGGCACAAAGAUCACCUUUGAAGUUGCCCUUUUAGUCCUGGUGUCCUUGUACAAAAUUGAGGGGGUAGGAUGCUGUAAGGAAGAAACAGGUCGUUGCUAACUGAGAAUGGCAGCGAGAUUUAUUUUCACCCAAACCAAUACUAGAGUGGAAGCCUCUAGACUCUGUUCAAGGAACCACAUAUUAAAAAUAUCCUAGCAGAAAAGUGGAAGGUAUAAA